AUGGAUAUCGAAGCGAAGAAGCAACCGAUUACGCGUAUUCGUGAAUCGUAUUUUUCGUCCGUAACCGAUAUGAACAGAUAUGAAAACCUUGAAGAUAUAACAAUUAUUUGGCUCGAUUCUCAAAUGAAUGAAUCAUUGGAUUGUUUUGAUACACAGUUACGUUUACGUCAUAUAAUUAAUUAUCUACUAACUUUCGAUAAUAUUGAUGCUUGUGUAGAUUAUAUACAGUCAUAUGUUCAAGAUGAAAAAUUAUUUUUUAUUGUAUCUGGCAUCGAUGGUGAAUUGAUAAUACCAAAAAUUCAUUUUUUACCGAAAAUUUCAUCAAUUUAUGUCUUUUGUGCUGAUAAAGCUAGACAUGAACAAUGGAUAAAACUAUACUCAAAAAUACGUGGCAUCUUCAUUGAGAAAGACUCACUGUUUAAAAAACUAACAUCGGAUGUUACGUUUUGUUUAAAUAAUUUACUUCCAAUAAGUGUAUUAGGACGUUCAAAUAUAAUACAAAAAUCAAUUCGCGAUUUAACGAGUGAAGGUGCAACGUUUAUGUGGUUUCAACUGCUAAUCGAAAUCUUAACACAUAUGGAGUAUUCGAAGAGUGAAAAACGUGAAUUAUUACAAAUAUGUCAAGUACAAUAUCGACAUAAUGAUGCUGAAAAUAAAAAAAUUGUUGAGUUUGAAACGACGUAUUCAGCUAAUCAAGCAGUUUGGUGGUAUACACGUGAUAGUUUUCUUUUUCGUCUUUUGAAUAAAGCAUUACGUACCGAAAACUUUGAUAUCAUUUACAAAUUUCGAUCAUUUAUUGCUGACUUACAUCGACAAUUGGUUGAAAUGCAUUCUGUUCAAACUCAAACGUUAUCGUCAAAUGAAACAUUUUAUCGUGGUCAAAGACUACCAUUUGACGAACUCAAUAAAUUAAAAGAAAAUAUAAACGGUUAUCUUUCCAUGAAUACAUUUUUAUCAGCUUCAACAUCAUCUGAAGUUGCUUUAAUGUAUUCUGGUGACGGUGAAGAUCGUCCAACGUUAGAGUCUGUUAUCUUUGAAAUUGAAAUUAGUACAAGUGUAUCACCAUUUGCUAACAUUAAAACUGUGAGUUAUUUUAAAACUGAAAAUGAAGUUCUUUUUACAAUUGGUAGUAUAUUUCGUAUUAAAGACGUUCUACCACAAACAGACACUAUUUGGUUAGUUCAAUUAGUUAUGGAUAAACGAGAAAAUCAAGAUAUUGAACAAUUGACAGAACAUUUGAAAAAAGAAAUUGGUGAUAAACCAUCAUUACUAGAUCUAGGACGAGUUUUAUUUGAUACUGCAGAAUAUGACAGAGCCCAACAUUAUUGUACAAUUUUAGAUGAACAACUUCCGUUAGACGAUGUAGAUCGAGGAAAACUUUAUCAUCUUAUGGGCGAUAUAAAGCAUCGUGGAGAAGGAACAUUUCGUGAAGCAGAAAAAUUAUUUAAGAAAGCCUUAUUUUACGACCAAGAUUUAUCAAAUGUUGUUUCUACUUAUAACAGUCUAGGUUUACUUGAUAAUGAUAGAGGAAAUUAUGAUGCUGCGCUAAUUAACUUUAAAAAGAUUGAAGAAAUUCGCCUAUUAUCUGCAUCAAAAAAACAUAAAGGUGAUUAUAAAUCAUCGUUGAAAUAUUACAACAAAGCGUUAGCCAUUAAACAACAGACUCUACCCAGUCUACACCCAACACUAGCCGUUAUUUAUAAUAACAUAGCAUAUAUUAAUAAUCUUCUCGGCAAUCAAGAUGAAUCAUUGAAAGCUCAUGAAAAAGCUCUUGAAAUUCAAUUAAAAUCGCUAUCUAAUGCUCAUCCAGAUAUUGUAACAACAUACAAUAAUAUGGCUUUGCUCAAUGUAUCGAAACAGGAUUAUUCAUUAGCAUUAAUAAAUUAUAAAAAAGCACUCGAUAUAUUUCUGAUCGCAUUACCGGUAAAUCAUCCGAGUUUAGCUACAAUUUAUGAGAACAUGGCUGAGUUAUAUCGAAUAAUGAGACAAUAUGAUCAGUCUAUGAACAAUUUGAAAAAAGCACUUGAAAUUCGCUUAAAAUCUCUCCCACCUGAUCAUGCUGACUUGGCAGAAACAUAUAAUAAUAUUUGUAUGAACUUGUUAGAUGUAGGAAAAUUGGACGAAACUUUAGAAUGUUGUCGAAAAGCAUUAGACGUUCGAUCCGAUGUUUCCCGCACACAUUUUUAUACUGGUUUAAUAUUAAAACGUCAAUGUAAUUAUGACAAAGCAAUAUUAUACUUUGAAAAAGCAAUUGAGAGUGAAAUAAAAACUAGUACAAACAAUUAUAUUAAUUUUACACAAAUACAUCGACAUAUUGGUGUCGUUUUAAUUAUUCAAAGGAAAUUUAAUGAAGCUAUGGAGCAUUUUGAAAAGGCACUCGAAUGGCAUAGAACUUCAUCAAGAUUGGAUUAUGUUGGACUCUUAGACAUCUAUGAUAGUUUUGGCGUAGCUUACUAUGCUCAAGAUAAAUUUGAUGAUGCUUUAAGAAAUUUUCAUCUGGCGUACGAUAUAGCAGUAAAACAUUUAAAAAACCUCGAUCAUCCAUUGAUUGCUGACGUUCAUAUUCAUAUAGGAAAUGUAUAUCUGCAGAAAGGAAAUUAUAAAAAAGCGUUAGCUCAUUAUCAAAACGCUGAGAAAAUUCAACAUAAUUCAUUGAAAAGUGAACAUCCUCAAAUAGCUCAAAGACUGUAUUAUAUGGCUCAGAUAUUUCACAAACAACAAGACGAUGAGAAAGCUUUGAAAUACUAUCAAAUGGCAUUGGACAUUGGCACCAAAGUACUUUCGGCAAUAGAUCCUACAUUAGCAGAAAUGUACAUUGGUGUCGGAGCUAUCUAUGAAAAACGAUCUAAUUACAAUGAAUCAUUAGCCGCUUAUGAAAAAGCAUAUGAGAUACAUUCAAAAGUAUUUGAACUUAAUCAUUCGAGUAUUGCAUCAGACUAUCAUCGAAUUGGACGUAUUCUGAAAGCCAAAGGUGAAAUUAUAAAAGCUUUAGAAGCUUAUUUGAAAGCAUUAGAAUACGGGCAAACAGCGAAACCAUUUAAUCAGCAUGAACUAACAUUUACUUAUGAUGCCAUUGGGCAGAUUCUUUAUGAACAACAUAAUUAUGAAGAAGCAUUCAAACACUAUUAUAAUUCACUUGAAAUACGUUUAAAAAACUUUCCGGAUGAUAUUUGUAUAUCGUACUAUAAUAUUGGUACAGUGCAAUAUAAACUGAAACAUUUUUCAGAUGCUAUACUGUUUUUUGAAAAAGCUAUUGAAGUUUACACACCGUCAUCAACAGUUCUAGAUCUAACAACAGUCUAUAGUAGCUUAGCCGAAGUUUAUCGAUCCACAGAAAAUUAUGAUAUGUCAUUAAGCGCCAUUUCUAAAGCAUUGAGUUCUGUUCCUGUUAGUAAUGAUCUGUUGGCCGGUCAGAUUUACCAUGGAAUUGGAAAAACUUAUUGGAAUCAAGUUCAAUAUGAAGACGCAUUAAAUUGUUAUGAAAAAUCCUUAAACCUAUUACCAGAAAAUCUCCUUGAUACAGCGUCGACAUACAACAACAUCGGUGCUAUUUAUUCUCUCCGUAAUGAACAUCAAUUAGCUUUAAAAUAUUUCGAAAAAAGUUUAAAUAUUAAGUCAGAAUUGCUUUCAUGGAAUCAUAAUGAUAUUGUUACUGCAUACAAAAACAUUAUCUCGACUUUGGAAGCGACCGAAAAUAUGAAUAUUGAAAAUUAUCAAAAAACUUUAGAUAUUUAUCAAAAAAUAUUACAAAUUCAAUUGUCUUCCUUUCCACGGGAUGACCGCAGUUUAAUCGAAACAUAUUGUACGAUUGGAAAAAUAUAUUAUGAAUUAAAUGAUUUUGAAAUGUCAAUCAAAAAUUACGAAUUAGCAAGUGUUAUUCUAACAGGUACUGAACAUAUUAAUUAUUCUGAUCUAGCAGAUGUAUACGAUUCACUUGGUGAAAUAUAUCUUAUCACUGAAAAUUAUUUAAAAGCAAUAGAAAAUUCAGAAUUAGGUGUUAAAUUAAGAUUGAAUCAUUUAGAAACGAAUAUUGAAAAAGUAACAGCAACGUGUAAUAAUAUUGCAACUGGUUAUUAUAAUUUGGAAAAUUAUAAAAUGACUAUUGAAUAUAUAGAGAAAAUUCUUCAGAUUGAAUUGUCUGUUUUAAAUGAAAAUGAUCUCUCAUUAGCAGUUACAUAUUUGAAUUUAGCUACAGCUUAUAUGCAAGACUUGAACUUUGAACAAGCUAUUAAAAAUUUUAAAAAAUCUUUGAAGAUGUAUAUUGAAAAUCAACCGUUAGCCGAUCCUGAAAUAACUGUUAUUUUUAGAGAUUUGGGUGAUUGUUAUACAGAAAUGGGUGAUCAUUCAAACGCAUUAGAAAAUUAUGAAAAAGCUCUUGAAUUUUUACUUAAAACAACGCCAAUAAGCCAAGAACGGCUUGAAAUCUAUAAGGAAAAUAUUGAAACAGUAAAAAAGCGUUUAGAAGGAAAUGAAGUUGACAAUAUGAACAGAUGCGUCAAUUCUGUGCAAUCUUUGUUCUAA